AUGGUUGACGUGAAGUACAACGGAAAUCAACGAAGCCUUCCACUUCACAUCUUGCGUGAGCCUGGUGUACCUCUCCUAGGACGUGACUGGGUGCGAGAACUGUGCCUGGACUGGACACAACUGAACGCAAUGUCACCCGACAUCAAGUCCACCACGGAACAAUUGUUCAAAAAACUGGACGAAAUAUUCGCAGCGCUUGCGGGUGGCAAGCAUUUUUCGAAGAUUGACCUCAACUGGGCAUAUCUUCAGGUCGAAGUCGAUGAACAGUCACCGGAGUACUUGACGCUGAACACUCAUAAGGGAUUAUACAAAGUGAAUCGCCUUGCGUUCGGUAUCACCUCGGCGCCCGCAAUGUUCCAAAAUAUAAUGGAAAACAUGCUGAAGGACCUUAGCGGUGUCAUUGUUUACUUAGAUGAUAUCCUGAUCAUGGGAAGGUCGCAAGAAGAGCACGUGCGGAAUCUGGAAGCAGUGCUGAAGCACCUCGCAGAACGAGGAGUAAAGAUAAAGAAAGAGAAAUGCGAAUUUUUCAAGAACCAAUUUCAGUACCUCGGACACGUAAUCAAUGCGGAAGGAAUUAAGCCAUCGCUGGAGAAAGUAGAGGCAAUUCUUCACGCACCGCCGCCGGCAGAUAAGCAACAGCUACGUUCGCUACUGGGAGCGAUGAACUUCUAUGGGAAGUUCUUGCCAGAUUUGUCCAGUGUUUUGUAUCCGCUACAUAGACUCUUACGACUUAAGGUGGCAUGGAAUUGGAACCAACAGUGCCAACAGGCCUUCAAAAAGGUGAAGGAACUCCUAUCAUCGCCCCCGCUCCUUGUCCACUAUGACAUGGACAUCCCGUUGCAGUUGGAGUGUGAUGCAUCAGCAUAUGGUGUAGGGGCAGUACUGUCGCACAUACAAGCAGAUGGCAGCGCUAAGCCGAUCGCUUACGCUUCAAAAACAUUAAGUGUCGCAGAAUCCAAUUAUAGUCACUUGGAAAGAGAAGCUCUGGGAGUGAUAUUUGGAGUUAAGAAGUUCCACAACUACCUGUAUGGACGGCAUUUCGUUCUUUUUACUGACCAUAAGCCACUCAAAACUAUAUUUGGUGUAAAAACUGGCAUCCCAAGUAUAGCCGCUGCACGCCUACAGAGAUGGGCAUUGACUCUUGCAGCGUACCAGUAUGAACUUCGCUACAGAAGCGGUUCCACUAAUGGUGUCGCGGACUAUUUCUCUCGCUUACCGCUCAAGCAGAAGCAUCCCGAAAGUGCGGACGACGGGGUCUGUGCGUUGUAUACCGUACGACUGCAAAGUUUCCCAGUGAGCAGCACAGAAAUUGCCAAGGAAACUGCUCGUGAUCCUAUUCUGAGUGUUGUGGGCAACUUUAUACGAAACGGAUGGCCUCCUUCAAAUUGCGAUGAAGCUUUAAAGCCCUACUUUCUGCAUAGGACGGCACUUACGGUACACCAAGGGUGCAUCUCGUGGGGCAUGAGAAUCCUGGUUCCAGCGGAGCUGCGUAGUAGAGUGCUUGAAGAGCUACACUCUGGACACCCAGGAAUCGUUCGGAUGAAGGAGAUCGCCAGAGGUUAUACCUGGUGGCCAGGUAUCGACUUCGACUUGGAGCGCAUGGUGAAAGAGUGUGACGACUGCCAGGACCAGCGUCCCUUACCUGCGAAAGCUCCGCUGCAUCCGUGGUCGUGGCCGUCGGAACCUUGGGAACGCGUCCACCUGGACUAUGCCGGACCGUUCCAGAACAAGAAUUUUUUCGUGGCAGUUGACGCCCAUUCUAAAUGGCCGGAGGUGUUUGUACUUGGAUCAACGAGUGCUGAAAUGACAGUUCAGUGUGUGCUUGAACUAUUUGCUCGUUGGGGAAUUGCGACAACAAUUGUAACGGACAAUGGGCCACAAUUUUGUUCAGAAUCUUUCCAGGUGUUCCUAAAGCAGAAUGGUGUCCGGUAUGUGACGUCAGCACCUUACCACCCGUCAACAAAUGGGUUGGCAGAACGGUUUCUGAGGACCUUGAAAGAGUGUCUAAGAAAGGAUCGUAGCCAGUCGCUGGAGGUGAGGCUAGCCAACCUACUUUUAUCUUAUAGGAACCCUCCUCAUGCUACAACUUCUCAAUCACCUGCAUCUUUAAUGCUUGGAAGGACGUUAAAAACGAGACUAGAUCUGAUUAGGCCUUCUCUCAAAUCUGUCGUAACUCAGAAGCAACAAACGCAAAUUUUAAAGCGAAACCAUCAAGAACGGGUGUUUCAGGUUGGUGAUUCGGUACGAGUAAGGAAUUACCGGAGUGGGACGAAAUGGGUUCAUGGCUUUAUUAUCAGUAGAACUGGGCCUGUGUCGUACAAAGUGAAAGUGAUCACACAGCAUGGGACUUUCGUGUGGAGAAGACACAUUGACCAGAUUGUCGCGGCUCAAGCUCGAACAGAAUCUUCGACAGAUCUACAUGAACAAGAAUCGUCGGAUCUCAUGCCUGCAAUCUCCACUGGCCCAUGUUCCGAGACACCGGUGACCGAGAAGCCGCCAACUCCAGUGCAAGCAAGAAGAUAUCCACUUCGUGAGCGUCGACCCCCUCAACGUUAUGAAUCCACAUGA